GAAAUUUUUUUGUUUUGCAACAAAUUUGUUUUUCCACUAUAGCAGUUUUUUAUUAAUUUCACUGAAGUUUUUUUAUUUUUUAUAUUAAUGUUUUUAUUGUUUGAUUUUAUCACAACUUCUUUGCCUUUUAUUUUUCUUUACCCAUGUAUGUAUUGGAAAGGUAUAUAGCAUUCAGAAUCCCUCACUGAUAUCAUUCCGACAUUUUAAAAAUAAUGGAAAACGCAUUUAUUAAUGGUUGAACAUAUACCUGAACCCAAGUGGUUGAACAUAAUGCAUGCCAUAGCGACACCAAUUUUGGUGUUGUUUGUUUUAGUCUGUGGCACUAUCUUAAAGCUCUUUGUUUUGUUGAGUCUCAAUUUUUUUGCAAAAUAUACAUAACAAAACAUAUUUCAUAUAUUCACAAGGAUGAAUGAACUUUUAUAAUAUAGCCCUGAAGUCUUUCAGGGUUCAAAUUAGGAAUAUAAACCCAGUUCGCAAAAAUUUGCAGCUGUGGUAAAGACAGCAUUUGAAUUCGCAAAUUGCGAAUUGCAACCACUUAUCCGAAGCCUGACUUCUUUUCUGUCUGCUUAUCAAUCAGUAUCAAGAUUUCCUGGUAAAGGGUGAGAAUAUAUUUAUAAUGCAUAUUCUAUUCUUAUUAACUGCUUUGUUACCCUCUAAAGGAUUUGAUGUUAAGUAUAACAUUUAAAUUAAAAUUGUGUUAAAUUAAAUCUUUGAAACAUAAUAUUCUCCUUUUAACAUGGCUAUAUUUUAGUACAAAUGAAUAUGCAAUGUAUGCCGGAUGAAAACUCUACUGAAACAAAACCACAGCAUGCUACUGCCCAGCCUGGUAAAGCAAAGAAUAUGCAGCUCAAAGGAAGAGAUGGUUAUGAACGUAUGAACUACUUAUACCAGAGUGCUUUGCACAUUCUAAGAAAUCAACCAGAAAAUGUAGAGCUGGUUCGCUAUUAUAUGAGAACUUUGCGUAAAAUAAAAGAAAGGAAAGUUUUGAGAUGGUCACGUGAAAUGAAGAGGAGUAUUUGUAACGGUUGUAAUAUGCUGCUUGUUGCCGGAAUUACAGCACAGAUUCGUAUUCGAAACAAUAGGAGGCUCGUCAUGACAUGUCUGAGUUGCAAUGCUGUAUUACGCGCAAACACAUCUAAACAAAGUAGUAAAAUUAGUGCAAAGAAAAAACAUAAAACGAGAAAGAAAAAUGGAGAUAAGGUCAAAGAUGGUAAAAAAUAGAUAUACCCAAUACUAUUUUCACAUCUUCUGAUACAAGAAGAUCAUGCAUGAUGACUUUAACACAAAACAAUAUUAACAUUUGGUUUUUGUGAGCAAGAGAUUUUUUACUCUUGCUAGACAAUCAAUGUAAUGUCAGUUUCUGUUGUCCAGUAGAUGGAUGUGAAGGAUGCUGUAUUAGGAUGGCCCUUUUAAAUUGUUAUUGACCUGGGAAGUUUUGGAAAAGUUUGUCAGAAAGCGAUAACACAAAAUGCAUUUUGAUGCUUUAUUAGAGAUGAAAGGCUGUUGUGGAGUGCCAUUUUUACCAAAGUUUGUAAUGCUAUUGUAUAUAGCAGGUUAUUAGGUAUACGUAAAGCUCUUUUAAGCUAUUCAAGACACUCUAUUAUCAUCCAUAUAUAUUUUUCUGUUUUUGAAAAUUUACAACCAGACAUUUUUGAAACACACUCAGUCUUUAAAAACCGACUUCUUUUACAAAACUACAUCACUUCCAACUCUCAUUCACUGUUCUUUUAAAUCUUGCUAGAUAUAUGCAAAACUGAUCUUUGCCAUAGUAUCCAUUUUUGAUUUAUAAAAAUGCUAUUUUUUGACUUAAACUUUUGUUUUUUGAAGGAAAUAUCUAGAGAUUUCUUUAAUAAAAUAAAACAAAGAAAGAUAAACACGUUGGUUUUGGGAAAGUAGCACCCUUCCUUACAGAGCUUAUCUAGUUUUGUGAAGAGAUUUUAAAUUUGUGAAUAAAAAACACUACAAAAAGCUGUUUUAAAAUAAUUCAUGAUUAGGGUAAAACUUUAACACCUUUGAGGCAAUGAAUAUUCAGAAUUAAGUUUUAUUAUUCCUAAAUACGUGAUUCAGUAUACCAUGGGAAUCUAACCAAAAUUAUUUUUAAGACUGCAAGAAGUGAUUUUUUUUGGAAAGAAAGGAAAAUAAACUCUUCUGAACAAGAUUCUGAUCAUUGCAUCAAUUUAUUUUUUUCACUUUUCUUAGUAUUUUUUGAGUUAGUAGUUAAAAGUAAAUUUG